AUGUCAGUUUCACCUACACUGGAUACAGAGACUGCACCUGAUCCUUUCUUUGUACUGAGGGGUCACAGAUCAUUCAUCAACUCGAUCGUUUUUGAUCGGUCAAAUAGUAAUCUAUUAUUCUCUGGAUCAGGUGAUGGAGAAUUAAGAUGUUGGAAUAUAGAAGAAAAGAAGUGUGUUGCUCAAGUAGCACGUGCACAUCCUGAAGGUGGUACAUUGGCAUUACAAUCAACACACUUUAAUACACUACUUAGUCAAGGGCGUGAUGGAACGAUACGACAAUGGACAAUCGCAGAAUCAUCUUUACAACUUGUAUCAUCAUUGGAAACAAAUUCAAUAUCUCUUGGCAAAUUCACUUCAAUGAUUACUGCUCUACCAAUAUUCAAUAAUAAUAAUAAUAAUAAUAAUGUAGAUAAUAAUAUACCUAAUUUAGAUAGAUUAAGUAUAAAUAAUAGUAGUGUUAAUGAUCAAAAUAAUUUAAUAUCAAUAUCAUCAGAUGAAGUUGGAGGACAAGUUGAAAUAUGGGAUCUAGGUUCAAAGACAAUGGUUGCAAAAGUAAAUGGAAGUAGUGAUUCAGAUAAACUUGGAAUGGCGAUGAGUAUGAAAAUGGUCAAUCACAUUGAUCAUGGUUAUUUUAAUUUAUAUGCUGGAUUUGAAAAUGGUGGACUUUAUAUGUGGGACUCGAGAAACCUAGAGCAACCAAUCAUAGCAACACCCAAACUACACCAAGAGCCAUUACUAUCAUUUGACAUUCAAAGUGAUUCUGGUGUAUCUGGAUCAGGUGAUACAAGUAUCAUUGAAUUUAAAUCAAAUUUCGAAUCAAGAAAUUUUGAUAUUGUACAAAAACAUGUAAUUAAUCAUAAUGGAAUAGCAGAUGUAAAGAUAAGAGGAGAUGGUAGAAUAUUUGCAACAGCGGGAUGGGAUAAAAGAGUUCGUAUAUUUAGUUUCCGUAAACAUUGUCCAUUGGCCAUACUCAGGAAUCACACUGAAAGUAUCUACACAAUAGACUUUAGUAGUGACAAUGUUUUGGCAUCAGCUGGUAAAGAUGGAAGAAUUGCAUUAUGUGAUAAAUAUCGUCUUGUUUUAUAUAUAUAUACAAAGAAAGAAAAAGAAAGAAUGUUAAGAUCUAAAGUUAUUCCACAAGUUUUACAACAAGCCUCAAAUAGCAACGAUGUUAAGGGUGUAUUAUUAAUGAAAGAAGAUGGUUCAUUGAUUGCAUGCUCAGACUCUAAUGAUCAUAACACAGCAAAGAUUGUAUCAGCUAUUUCAUCUAGCAUUUGGACAUCAUACAACAGAAACGACGAACUCCAAUACCAACUCGUUGAUUGCGAAGAAGGAAGACUCGUUAUCACAAAGGUUGCUAAAUUAUUGUUAUGUAUAUAUGCUGAACCUACCGUUGAAUUUGGUUUAUUAAAGACAAAGGCUACCAAAUUACGUGAAUAUUUACAAGAACCAUUAAGUCAAGUUGAACAAGUUUAA